AUGAAUGACUACCAUAUUAAUUAUACCACAGUUGAGCAGACUCAAAUUCCGACACAAACGCCAAGAGAAUUAGUUGUUGGAAUCAUUUUCUAUUCAAUCAUUAUCUUAUUAAGUAUAAUUGGAAAUGUCAUCGUUGUUGCCGCUAUAAGUCGUGUCCAACGACUGCGUCACCCGACAAACUUCGUUCUCAUGUCACUUGCAAUGGCUGAUUUACUUGUCACAACAACAGUCAUGAUUCCCGGCUUUAUCUAUGAAAUCAAACAACGAUGGAUUUUUGGACAAGUCUUUUGUAACGUCUGGGUAGCGAAUGAUAUAACAUUUUGUACAGCAUCUAUACUACAUCUCGUUGCUGUCAGCUUCGAUCGAUAUGUAGCGAUAGAAAAUCCAUUGAAAUACAAACAGAAAAUGACCAAACGAACAAUUUUUAUUAUUAUCGGUUGUAUUUGGUUAAUUAGCGUUCUUCUUUCCUACGGACCAGUUCUACUAGGUUUAUAUAGUGAAAAAACUGAUGGUCACCCUUCCGACUCGAGCGAAUGUCGGAUGCGACCAAAUCGAAUCUAUUCGAUUAUAUCGUCGUUCACGUCAUUUUAUAUUCCACUUAUAAUUAUUCUCUUUCUCUACGGACGAAUCUUCAUCACGGCCCGAAAACAUUCACAUGAACUACAAAAACUCGAAAGUAUCAUCAAACGCUUACACAGCGAUGAAAAAUUCGUUCUUGAAAGUGCAAAAUGGAAUCGAAAUCUUAAAGCUAUACGAACAUUAGGUAUCAACUUUCAUGUAAAUUGCAUAGUUUCGACUUGUUUGUUUUCCAAAGGUAUUGUUGUCGGUGUAUUCGUACUCUGUUGGUUACCAUUUUUCAUCAUGUAUCUCAGAUUAGCUUAUUGUGAUUAUACUUGCCUCAAUGAUUCUCUCGAACGUUACAUAACAUGGAUCGGUUACGCGAACUCAUUUUGUAAUCCGAUGAUUUAUGCAUUUUCAAAUAAAGACUUUCGAAAUGCUUUCUUUGAAAUACUCCAUUACAACAAUUGUCAAUGUUGCACUCUAUCAUCCAGGAAUAAAAUGCGUACAUCUAUUAGUAAAUCUACUCAUUCAAUGAAUACAAAAUUUACUCCUCAAGCACAAUCACGACAUGCAAGUAUGACACCAUAUUUAACGCAUACACAACGAAAUGGAAACCAUAUUUGUGAUACGAAAAUCGUCCCGAAAACCGUUCAAAAGCCAGCAGUCAGUCGAGAAGUUGAUACCUACGAACUGCAGACAAUAGCGAAUCAACUUUCGACGAUGGAAGUGUUCAGAGAACUUGAAUAUUUGGUUUCCAACGAACUUCCAUGUGAAGCGACCAUCUCCGAAGUAAGCUCACUACUUUGCGAUCGCGACGAAUCAAUCGAUGAAGUUCCUGAAAAAUCAUGUCCAAAACCUUCUUGA